AUGAAGGGAGGGUUAGUCGUGGAUGAUGGGUUCAUCUACGAAGAAGAGAAGCAUCUCACAGUGCAUAAAACUUGUUUGUUCUUCGCUAACGAUGGCUUCACUGUCUAUGAUUGCAAAGGUGAGUUAGUGUUCCGAGUUGACUCUUACGGGCCUGACACUCGGGAUCCGGGUGAACUCGUUCUCAUGGACGCUCAUGGCCGCUGUCUACUCACUGUCAGAAGAAAGCGGCCGAGUCUGCAUCACAGGUGGGAAGGCUAUUUAGGAGAAGGAACGGACGGUAGCAAGCCGAUCUUUAGUGUCCGAAGAUCAUCCAUAAUCGGACGGUGUAGCGUGACGGUGGAAGUGUAUGGGAAUCCAGGUGAGGAGUACCAGAUAGAAGGAUCCUUUGCCAACAGAUCGUGCAAAAUAUUCAAUGCAGGGAAGGAAUCAAUGGCUGAGAUCAGACGCAAAGUAGAUGCCUCCACUAAGGUAGUGCUUAGCAAGGACGUCUUCUCUUUGUGCCUUAAGCCUGGUUUUGAUGGGGCAUUAGCUAUGGGGUUGGUUUUGAUCCUUGAUCAAAUAAACGGUGAUGAUUGCGUUGGGGAUGAAGUUGUGGUGCACCCCACGACAGACGGUUAG